AUGGGUCAUCGCAAAGAAAUGAUGCAGCGGUUCCCGCACUUGGCAGCCAUUCGCUCCUAUCUUCCGCCGCUGAAUUUCAUCACGCUUCAUUACUUGUACUUCAUUACAGUAUGCCUCGUCAGCUCGGUCAUUUUCUAUUGCUCGUCAAACCCGAGAUGGAGCAUCUCCUACACGGACAGUCUGUUCCUGGUCAUCUCCGCCAUGACCGAGGCUGGUCUGAAUACUAUCAACCUUAGCCAGAUGACGACUUGGCAGCAGGUCAUGCUCUGGCUGUUGAUAAUCCUUGGCAGCUCAAUCUGGGUCUCCAUCUGGACCGUUUUGGCACGCAAGCAUUCUUUUGAGAAGCGCUUCAAGGAUAUCGCCCGCCGGGCCACACUCAGACAAGCGAGAUCACAGGACAUGCGGCGAUCCGCCACCGACAUUCCUCUUGCCAGGAAGUUGAGGACUUUGAGCAGAAGCAAGACCACCAUGCAAAAAUCUGACGGCGCUGAACAUGAGCUCGACAGCAAGCGUAUCAAAGUGCAAAAUGCCGAGAAUGGGUCCAACAAGGUCUUAUCUAUCUCUGGGCCCGUCUCGAUGCACAGAAUGCGUGAGCCCGUGCCCGUUUCCUCUAGCAACGAGGUUGAGACUCCGACAGUGGCUUCGAGCACAACCUUGGAGGCGGCCCAACCAGGAGAAACGGCCGCUCGCGAUCAUAUCGUCUUUGCAGACCACGAAGAGCAACGGGCUAGCGCGACAACUACUGGCGCUGAUCUAGGCACUGGGCUCUCCCGUCGACAUGUGCACAACGACAGCGCAGUUUUGGAGGCGAACCAGCUUGAAAACGAGAUGAGCCACCGCCAUUUCUUGACUGCCAAGAAGAUAGGGCGAAAUGCACAGUUCCACGACCUGACAGAUGAGGAGAGGGAACACUUGGGUGGCACGGAAUACCGUGCCCUCAAGGUUCUUUCCAUCAUUGUCCCGGUCUACUUCUUCUCAUGGCAGAUACUCGGCUGUGUUGCUCUCGGCGCCUGGAUCGCCAACAAUCAACCGCAGCCCGCUCGAGACAAUGCUAUCAACCCUUGGUGGAACGGUAUCUUCAACGGCGCAUCCGCCUUCAACAACUCGGGAAUGAGCGUGCUCGAUGCCAAUGUCAUUCCUUAUGGUAGCUCCUACUUUGUCCUGAUAGUCAUGGGUGCCAUGAUAUUGGCAGGCAACACGGCAUAUCCAGUAUUCCUUCGACUUUGGCUGUGGAGCAUCCUGAAGUUGCUGAACUUGCUCACCUACGAGACGUCUUUCCGACACCUCAAGGAUACCCUCGAGUAUAUCUUGAAAUAUCCUCGUCGAGUAUACACCAACUUGUUCCCAUCACGGGCUACAUGGUGGCUACUGUUCAUGCUCUUUGUGCUUAAUGGGACUGAUUGGGUCGCAUUUGAAAUUUUGAAUCUUGGAAAUCCUAAUCUUGAGCAUAUCAAGACUGGGCCUCGCAUCAUUGACGGACUUUUCCAAGCCAUCGCUGUCCGUUCUGGAGGAUUUUACGUUGUUUCGAUCCCCACGCUGUACAUCGGUCUCCAGGUGCUCUAUGUAAUUAUGAUGUACAUCAGCGUGUACCCGGUGGUCAUUACCAUGCGUCACUCCAACGUCUAUGAGGAGCGCUCUCUUGGCAUUUAUGCCGACGAUGUCGAUGCCGAGUCCAUUGCUUCCACCUCAUCGGCCGCUGCGCAGCAGCCGAAUCCGGGCAAUCCCUCUCUCCUGGGCCGUCUCCUCCGCGGCGUGGCCGGUCGCUGGGAUGGGGUCGGCGCGGCCCCCCAGUCUACGGGCAGCGCGAACACGCCCGAGAGCCGUUCCACGUUUAUCAGCCACCAGGUGCGCGGGCAGCUCUCGCACGACAUGUGGCUCCUUGUGCUUGCUGUGCUCUUCAUCUCGACGAUUGAGACGCGCCACUUUCUUGAGGACCCGGCCACGUACUCGGUCUUCAACAUCAUUUUUGAGGUUGUAUCCGCCUAUGGAUGUGUUGGUAUUUCGGUCGGUGUGCCGUGGGACGCCUACAGCUUCAGCGGCGGCCUCUACACGGGUAGUAAGCUGGUCUUGUGCCUUGUCAUGCUUCGAGGUCGACACCGCGGGUUGCCUGUGGCACUGGAUCGCGCCGUGCGGCUGUCCAGUCACGAGUUUGGGCGCACCGAAGAGGAGGACCACCGUAUCCGUCGGAGCAUGUCCAUGAGGCGUCCUAGCACAGAUUUUGGCAGAGGGGCUGACAUUUAG